GACUGGGAAAGAGAGAGAGAGAGAUACAGACACACACACAUACAGAACCGUUAUCAGGAUUUUCACAACAAGAAGACAAGAGAAAGGGAGAAACAGGGAGAAAUCCUGUCACCAGCGGCUCUCAGACUGCCUCACAGUCGAGCGAAAAAAAGAGAAAAAUAUUCUUUCAAAUGGUUCCUGGCGAAGCUUCCCCAGGGCGGGAGGGAGACCAGCUAAUUACACCCUAAUCCCUGGCCCGAGGCACCCCAGCCUUCAGCAACCCUCCCUCCUCCUCCUCCUCCUCCUCCUCCAGGCUGAUUACGGACGGAUUAUUGGUUUCUCUUCUGCAACAACUCAACUCGCAUCUGCAUCUAAACACAGCGACAGACGGCCAGACACCCAGACAGAGACAGAGACAGACACAGGCACCGAGACAGAGACAGACAGGACAGACAGAGAGGAAAAGACUGGGAUUUUUCACAAUCGGCGCCGCUGCCUUUCCUGAAGAGAAGGAAUCCGGAGACGAGAGAGAGGGAAAGAGAGGCGCUGAGUCCAUGUUCACUGAAGGAAGAACCAUGUCCAGGCUGUCUCUGACACGCUCUCCUGUCUCUCCCGUGGUCUCUCAGGGCAUCCCUUCACCAGCACAGCUCACCAAGUCCAACGCCCCGGUUCACAUUGAUGUUGGAGGCCACAUGUACACCAGCAGCCUGGCCACCCUCACCAGAUACCCCGACUCCAGGAUCGGGCGCCUGUUUAAUGGCACGGAACCCAUUGUGCUGGACAGCCUGAAGCAGCAUUACUUCAUUGACCGAGAUGGUGAGAUCUUCCGCUACAUUCUCAGCUUCCUCCGAACAUCCAAGCUGCUGCUCCCGGAGGAUUUCAAGGAUUUCAGCCUGUUGUACGAGGAGGCAAAGUAUUACCAGCUGCAGCCCAUGCUGAAGGAGCUGGAGCGGUGGAAACAGGACCGGGAGUUCCGCAAGUUCUCACAGCCCUGUGACUGUGUGGUGGUCAGAGUGACGCCUGACUUGGGUGAGCGCAUCACGCUGAGCGGAGAGAAGUCGCUAAUAGAGGACAUCUUCCCCGAGACCGGAGACGUGAUGUGUAACUCGGUGAACGCAGGCUGGAACCAGGACCCGACUCACGUCAUCAGGUUCCCUCUGAAUGGUUACUGCAGACUCAACUCCGUGCAGGUGCUGGAACGGUUACUACAGAAGGGAUUCAGCGUGGUGGGUUCCUGCGGUGGGGGAGUGGACUCCUCGCAGUUCAGCGAGUACAUGCUUCACCGUCAGGACAGACGCCUACAGCUCACACCCACCCCCGUCAGGAUAAAGCAGGAGCCACUGGACUAGGGCGCUGAAGCCCACCCGCCACAAUCACUCCGUUUUUUAUUUUAUUGGCGUUUUGAUUCCGUUACUGGACUUGGCUUCGCACCGGCACCGAGAGGGACAUUCAGGCCUGACGCCAUGACUUGCCCCACGGGGAAUGGACACCAGCGGGACCUGAGCCAGCCAGAGAGGAACUGCCAGAGAGGGACUUGUGGAGAUGCUGGUCUACUUUGGAAACAGUGGCUCUUAAGGUGCGGUGUGGCUGUGUCCAGCCCCCUCCCCUCCUCCCCCA